GGCUGGCUGGCUUCCGGGCCAAGACGGCGCUGGAGCUUCCUGGACACUGCAGGGCCUCGCGGCGGGUGCCACGGCGGGGGCGUGUCGGCCGCGAGGCACCGAGGGUCCCGGGCUAGCGCGGGCGUCAGGGUGGCUGCGGCUGCCUGCGAAAUCGGCGGGUCAGGAGGCGUCCCGAGCUGGCGAGGUUCAGCCGGAGCUCCUCAUCUUCCGCAAGGCCGGGCAGCCCCAGAACCCGGCCUUCCUCUCCUGGGAGUUCUACUCUCAGCCUCGCGUCUCCUCCGCCCAGCCCUCUGGGGAUCCCUCUGAGGAGACCAUGGAGAAUACCUCGCUGCCUUUGCCGCCCGGGCCCUCCUCUGCAGCCUGCAGCUCAACGCCGCGGACCAUCCAGAUCGAGUUCCCUCAGCAUAGCUCGUCCCUGCUCGAGUCCCUGAACCGCCACAGACUGGAGGGCAAGUUUUGCGACGUGUCCCUGCUGGUGCAGGGCCGCGAGCUCAGGGCCCACAAAGCUGUGUUGGCUGCCGCCUCCCCUUACUUCCACGAUAAGCUGCUUCUGGGGGAUGCACCCCGCCUCACCCUCCCAAGUGUCAUCGAAGCCGACGCCUUCGAGGGGCUGCUGCAGCUCAUUUAUUCGGGCCACCUCCGCCUGCCCCUGGAUGCUCUCCCUGCUCAUCUCCUUGUGGCCAGUGGCCUUCAGAUGUGGCAGGUCGUGGAUCAGUGCUCAGAGAUUCUCAGAGAGCUGGAAACUUCGAAUGGUGGCAUCUCGGGCCGGGGAACGACCUCCUACCAAGCGCUGCUGUCCAGCUCGCCCUCUCCAGGAAGCUGGUGCGUGCGCGCGUCCCCUUCCCAGCCCCCAGCCCAGUCCUCUGCUCCCGCUGAGAGACCCGUGUCCACUGAGAGCCCCGUGGGAGGGGAGGGGAGUGAACUGGGGGAGGUGUUGCAGAUCCAGGUGGAGGAGGAGGAAGAAGAGGAGGAGGAGGAGGACGAAGAUGAUGAUGAGAGCCAGGGAUCAGCAGCGUUGUCUCAGACUCCGCAACCGCAGAGGGUAUCGGGGAGUCUUCCCCGUCCUCAUGGAUCCCUGGCUCUGCCAGGGUCCACCCCUCCCUGCAGGCUCUCUGAGGGGGACAGUGCGCCACCUGACACUCCGGCCCCUUCUACUGUGCUGCCCCCUAAAAUCUUCUACAUUAAGCAGGAACCUUUUGAGCCGAAAGAGGAGUUGUCAGGAGGUGGAACCUCCUCUGGAGGUACUAAGGAGGAGACCAAAGUGUUUCCUGGAGGGGACACUGUGGGGAGUGGGGAGCUGGGGUUCAUGUUGCCAUCAGGGGUAGGGGCAGCAUCUGGGGGAGGGGGUGCCUCCUGGAAACCAGUGGAUCUCCAUGGAAAUGAAAUUCUGUCCAGCGGCGGAGGACCUGGGGGGGCCGGGCAGGCGGUGCAUGGUCCCGUGAAGCUAGGCGGUGCACCGCCCGCCGACGGAAAGCGCUUUGGUUGCUUGUGUGGGAAACGGUUUGCGGUGAAACCCAAGCGUGACCGCCACAUCAUGCUGACCUUCAGCCUCCGGCCUUUUGGCUGUGGCAUCUGCAAUAAGCGAUUCAAGCUGAAGCAUCAUCUGACAGAGCACAUGAAAACUCAUGCUGGAGCCCUGCACGCCUGUCCCCACUGUGGUCGUCGGUUUCGGGUCCAUGCCUGUUUCCUGCGCCACCGAGACCUGUGUAAGGGCCAGGGCUGGGCCACUGCUCACUGGACUUACAAGUAACAGCUGAGACCAUCCUCCAAACUUGGAGGAAAAGGUAGCCGUUGCCGAUGAUGGAUUCUUGCCCUUGCUACACCAGACCUGGAUCUCAUAACCAUGCUAAGUGAUAAAAUGUGUUAUGGAUCUCUUGUUCCUGGGUGUUAGGCCUUAGCCUGGCAGAUUUGGAAACUCAUAUUUCUCAUCUCACCUCAGGUUUUUGCUAGCCCCCUACAGGAAAAUUAUUUCUAGGCCAUUCUUAAUUGCUUGACCUUAAUAGACCUUUUUGUAGUAGUAGUAGUAUCCAUUGAGAAAACUAGGUUUCAGAUUAGGUUAUUUGAUGAAAACAGUGCUGAAAGGCAUAAUGGUUCGUAUGUUAUUCAUUCUCCUCGAGGAGCUAAAAGGCUGGUCUCUAGUCAGGGUACGUUUCAUUCAGAGGUCAGAUAAUUGAGACUUAAGCUCCAAGCUUGGCUGUCCCUCAUGAAAUGAUGGGAGCAGAGUUCUUAAUGUACUCUGCUUUGUCGUGUCUUUUGGUCUUUGUGGAAGAUUCCCCCCGGCCCCCCCACUUCCACCAUUGUACCUCGCUUCCUCACUAGUAACCAGCUUCCCCCGCACCUUUGUUUUAUGUCGUAGUGAGCACUUUAACAAGCUGAGCAUUCCACACGUCUUUCCUAUUACCCUCUUCGAUGGAGGGUGUUCCAUCAGCAACCGGUGCCUCUUGUCUGCCUGACCACAAUCAAUGAGUUGUAUUUUGAUCCCCAUGACUGGACUGUGGCCAUGGAACUCAGGAGCUGGCAGCUGACCGGACAUGCUCUCAGGGUAGCUGCUCUCUGAGCAAGUUGCCAUGGUCGGAGGAACUCAGGGCCAAGACAGCACAUGCUGAAGAUUAGAGUGGAACUGCACAGUGGGACCAGACGGCCCCUCCUUUUCCCUCUUGCCUCCAGGCGAUAAAGACAGUCCUCUGUUGAGGGACUGUAGGCACAGAGAUGGGAAUUGGGGGUUGGAGAAUUUGCAGUUUCCUAAUUACUGAAUUUCUUCUAUAAUAAACUCUACCCUGAAAUCUAAA